GUGGUUUCUCCCGCCUGCCUGCAGUGAGCUUUCCAAGUUACUCCAGACUCCUGUGCUCCAAGAAAUCAGACCAUCCAGCUUGUCGAAGGCAGGGGCGGCCUUCCACCACGGAGAGCCCAGCUGUCAGCUGCCUCACGGGAAGAUGCUGGGUGUGCGUGUGGCCACCGCCCUGGGCGUGCUGUGGUUCUGCCUCACAGGCACCGCCGUGGAGGUGCAGGUCCCCGAAGACCCCGUGGUGGCCCUUGUAGGCACCGAUGCCACCCUGCGCUGCUCCUUCUCGCCCGAGCCGGACUUCAGCCUGGCGCAGCUCAACCUCAUCUGGCAGCUGACGGACACCAAACAGCUGGUGCACAGCUUCGCCGAGGGCCGGGACCAGGGCAGCGGCUAUGCCAACCGCACUGCGCUCUUCCCCGACCUGCUGGCUCAGGGCAACGCGUCCCUGAGGCUGCAGCGCGUGCGCGUGGCCGACGAGGGCAGCUUCACCUGCUUCGUGAGCAUCCGGGACUUCGGCAGCGCCGCGGUCAGCCUGCAGGUGGCGGCCCCCUACUCAAAGCCCAGCAUGACUCUGGAGCCCAACAAGGACCUGCGGCCCGGGGACACGGUGACCAUCACGUGCUCCAGCUACCGGGGCUACCCCGAGGCUGAGGUGUUCUGGCAGGACGGGCAGGGCGCGCCCUUGACCGGCAACGUGACCACGUCGCAGAUGGCCAACGAGCAGGGCUUGUUCGACGUGCGCAGCGUCCUGAGGGUGGUGCUGGGCGCUAAUGGCACCUACAGCUGCCUGGUGCGCAACCCCGUGCUGCAGCAGGACGCUCACGGCUCCGUCACCAUCACAGGGCAGCCCAUGACAUUCCCCCCUGAGGCCCUGUGGGUGACAGUGGGGCUCUCUGUCUGUCUCGUCGCACUGCUGGUGGCCCUGGCCUUCGUGUGCUGGAGAAAGAUCAAACAGAGCUGUGAGGAGGAGAAUGCAGGAGCUGAGGACCAGGAUGGGGAGGGAGAAGGAGCCAAGACGGCCCUGCGGCCUCUGAAACACUCUGCAAACAAAGAAGAUGAUGGACAAGAAAUAGCAUGACCACAAGGACCAGGGAGCUGCUGCCCCUGUCCUGGGGUCUCCCACCUCUGGCUGCACUGGGGCCUCAGUGUGAGCCCUGGGCUGGGGCUUCCCUGCCCCCAACAGUUGGCUCCCACUCUGGUGGGUCUACUCAUUCUGCAAAGGACACGACACACAGACCACCCUGCAGCCUUAUUUCUCCAAUGGACACGAUUCCCAAGUCAUCCUGCUACCUUAUUUCUCCGUGACACGAUGCAUAAAUCAGCCUGCUGCCUUAUUUCUUAUGGACACAAGACACAGACCACCCCACCACCUUAUUUC